AUGUUUCAUGACAAGUUGGAUGAUCUCUUCAUACAUGGACAAUUCGAGGACAGCAAUAUUGUGCGCGGUGUAUCUUUGAUCAAUUUAUUCAUGAAACUCGACGAAAGAGCACGAGGUUUGAUGUUGGCAAGCAAUUUUGUGAUGCAGAAAAAUUUCAAGUUAAUAUCUGACUACAUGAGCGCCGAGCACCAACGGAACGGUUCAAGCGACACGAAUCCCUUUACAAUGCUUAGGUGUAAGUACCUGGUGAUAGUGGUAGACGAGGCAAAGGAGCACUCAUUGUGCUCAUCAGAGAACUGUCAAAAAUUGUCAGAGAAGGGUGAAGUUAUCACCGUUGAGAAGGUUUGGAAUUGCAAAGGGAUGCUUUUAAGUGAAAGCGGAGGAGACCGGGAUGGCCGACUCAAAGAUUUAUGCCUGUUUUUUUCGCUCUUCCAGUUCAUCUGCCUGAGAUUCGUUGGCUACUCAUUACCCCAAGAAGCUCACAAGAAGUUAUGGCGGUUAAUUGAACAUAUGCUUUUUGAAGAGAAGGGUUAUGAGCGAGUUUUCAGAGUCAUCAAAGUAGAACUUGUAUUUCUUUUCGAUUUAUUAUUCACCAAAUACCCGGUAAAUCUUAACCCACAUCGUUCCAGGUAUAGACUGCUUCAACUCGCCAUUGUGGUUGGUGCUGCUCUGAUUUCAUUCUACUACCUUGAGAGUCCUUCAACUCGCGGAUGUGGUUGCUUCAACUCGCCUUUGAUCCAGGGAGGGAACCUUUCGGUUCCUGCUUUGGCAACCGUCUUGUUGAUGAUGUCAAUCCUCCUCGUUGAGCUUGCACAGUUCGUCAUCAUGAUUUUCUCAGAAUGGGCAAAGGCGAUACACAUAUGCAAGUAUGUGCAAGAUGAGCGGUGCAGAAAGAACAGAUAUGCUGAGAAGUUGAUCGAGAUAAUGUGCAGGGUUCGGUUAUUGAAGCCUUGGGGAAGACAACUCCGUCAAUACUCGCUCCUCAAAUUAUAUAACUAUUCUCCAUGGAAGUGUACAAAUAAUAGACUCACCGCUGCUUAUGUUGACCCUAAAAGGAAUGGUCAGGAUCAAAUUGCUCCCACCAAUUUGUCCGAGCAAGUGAUAAAGGCGAUUGCUCAGUCUCUAAUGAUGAAUGGUACCAGCAAUUUAAAGAAGGGGCAAGCAUCUUUGAGACUCAACGACAUGUUUAAUCAGCUCUCAUGGGCCUGUUGUCAUGAGACAACCACUCAUGUUAUAAUGGUCUGGCACGUAGCAACCACUUUCUGUGAGCAUGAAGCACCUCUAAGAGGGACUCAACUUUCAAAAGAACCGGGAGAACACUUUGGCAUAGCAACUAAGCUAUUGAAAUAUCUUGCUUAUUUGGUUGCUUUCACCCCUAGGUUGCUCCCUGAUCACCCUUACAGGACCCAAUACAUAUUUCGUUCUGCUGUCAGCGAAGCCAGGGGUUUAUUCAAGGAAUCGUCGGUUUCAAUGGACAAGAGGAUUGAAAUGCUAAAGGGCAUUGAUGUCGAACAAUGCCAGGAAAACAUCGUUCUUCAAGGCGCAAAGCCUGGAAGGCAAUUUGCUAGUGUUGCGGCAAAUGAGGAGCAAAUUUGGAAGGUCUUGGCUGACUUCUGGGUGGAAAUGAUGUUGUACGUGGCUCCGUCGAAUGCUGCAGCGGCGCAUGCUGACUACCUCCCCCCUGGGGGCGAGUUUGUGACUCAUGUUUGGGUUUUAGUCUCUCACGUGGACAUCAAGAAAGAGCCACACGAUGGUGAGCGACAUGAUGAUUCAAAGAGGAACUGA